AUGGACAUCCCUUCGCGAGGUAAGCGGGCCUUGGCGCCCCCACCGUCCAUACAAAUCGUUCAGGAGUCUCCAGACCGCUACAGGCCUCCCAACUAUCGAUCAGAAUACAAUAAUUCGUCAUCUUUUCAUCAUUCAAGGUCGCCGAGGCUGGUGCAUGGUACUAAAGAUGGGAUGUCAUUGGUAAUGCCUCCACCAAAACGGUUUUCCGCUCCCGAAAAUUGUGUGGAUCUAUGUCGGGAAUUUGCACAUUUCAACGAGGAGUCAGGACAAGGAGAUGCCACACCUUCACCAUCGUCCUCGAUCUCAGCUCGCCAUGAGCAAACUCGACCAAAGUCCACCCAACAUACAAGUUGUAGCUCCAACUUCACUGUAAUACAGACGAGAGCAAAUGUCGGCAUGAGGGUCGACGAAGGUUAUGAAAGCAUGAAAAGUCAAUGUACCAAUAUCAGCACCGACAGAUCAGGAGAUAACUGCCGAGUUGAUUCCCCGAAUGCUAUUUCGCCUAGAUUUCAUGUCCAUGACAAGUAUCAAACCAUGUCACGAGCCUACGACAAGGAGAUGCUUUCCAAAUUAGAUUUUACCCAAAGUAAUGAUAGCCGGACACCACCCCUAGGUCGAACCAAGCCGAUAUUUUGUACCUCUUCGCACGACCUAUCUCCAACUUCACGAGUUGCUCUUGAGCACAUUUCGCAAUCUAAGCCAUCGCCCGGACCAAACCAACCCACUCGGCCCCAACAGCUUGAAAGUUCCCUUAGUAGAUGGCCAGAAAAUUUCUCUCAUUCAUCUCAACGCAGUCGAUUAUCGAAUCCGUAUGAAUACACCUUACGAAGCGAUACUAUGGAUCCCGAUAGAUCUCCUAUUCCAUAUUUAAGGCAUUCAGGUAGUGGUGCUUUUCCAGUGGAAGAUAUGCUGGGUUCUAACUUCCGAAAUGGUGAUUUGACCGACCAAAGGUUAACGCCUGAGCGAGAUGAUGAUAUACCUGAAGAAACCGGAAUCCGAAGACUCAAGAUUGAUGAUCAUAGUACCCGUCUUGAAUCUCAUUCACCCGUUAAUCCCAUUGGGAAGAAGAGAAGAGCCUCCUCCCCUCCGGAAGAAGAUGGGCCCACUCUACACUCUGUUGGAAGCGCUAGCGAUCUAUUUCGUAGACGAGAAUCAGCUACCUCACGGGGAUCCAUAUGUCCUCGAAUUCAUACUCAUUCGGACUCCAUCUCUUCAAAUGCAUCUGAUCCUAGAAAUAACUCCAUUGCUCCAGCUUUAUCAUUAGCAGCUAGCAGUAUGGGAUCUCUUGGUCGUUGUUCCCCGAAUGGGACUCCUUGGGGUCACUUCGAGGGCAUGGAAUCUCCUCGGGCCACGUCAAUGUCAUCAAAUCCGAGUCCCCGCGGCUCUCUUUCUAGGCUCAGCUUUCAGCAAACCUCGCCUGAUAGUAGAUCACGUAUGACACCUCCCAUCCGUUCAUCUAUAGAGUCAGCUACGCAUCCACAACCUAGUAGUACAACAAACAAUAUCCCAGGAAUAUUUAUGUGCGAAUGUUGCCCGAAAAAGCCUAAGAAGUUUGACACACAAGAAGAACUCAACAAUCAUGAGCAAGAAAAGCAAUAUGAGUGUGCAUAUUGUCGAAAUCGUUUCAAAAACAAAAAUGAAGCAGAGCGUCACCAAAAUUCCCUUCACUUACGCCGUCAUUCUUGGUCAUGUGCAGCACUUUCUGGAUACUCUGCAGCCUUCCACAAUUCACCCACGCGACCCAGCGAAGCGGAUACUUGUGGGUAUUGUGGUGAAGAUUUUCCUCGCUCAGGAAUCCUUAUGGGAGCUCCGGUUAUCACGGAACAAGACUGGGACAUGCGGAUUACUCAUUUAACUGAGAUGCACAAGUUUGGAGAGUGUAACCAUACCAAAAAAUUCUUUCGAGCCGAUCAUUUUCGGCAGCAUCUAAAGCAUAGUCACGCUGGAACCAGUGGGAAAUGGACAAACAUAUUGGAGAAUGCAUGCAUGAAGGAUGAACCCCUUCCUGAACCUAUUCGUGGGCCUGAACGAGUAAGUCUUGUUACCACUCGGGCCACAAGAAUCAAUGAGGAGGUUUACAAAGGGGUAGGAAGCACCAAUACACUAUGCAGCAAGAUUCCAACCAAACUCCUGAAUGUUACUUGA